AUGCUAAACCCGUUUAUUGUGGGCGUAGCUCCCGACAGUCCCUACCGUCUUGCUGUACUAGACGAGCAUCGCGCCCUCCCUGAUUUAAAAGUCCCAAUCUCCCUAGACCGGGAAUAUAAUACUCUACGGAUAUCAGGCGAAGCUGCGCUCCUCGACGCAGUUGACAGGCUCAGAGAGUUGGAAGACAGGCUCGCCCAGCAGACCUUGAAGAUAUCGACGUCUCAAAAGCUCAACGCGCCCAGCCUCAUCAAGCCUAAGGUGUCUGUUCCUGCUAAGCGCAAGUCAUGCGCCCCUGCCGAGCCCAGAAGACUACGCACUUUUCUCACUUCUUUAACGACAGAUACCAUUCAGUCUGAUCAAGAGAUAUAG